AUGCAGGCUUGCGAUCGAUGCCGAAGGCGGAAAUCCGGAUGUGACAAAGUACAGCCAUCCUGUGGGGUAUGCGAUAAAGCAGGUGUGGCCUGUGUAUACACAGACAGAACGAAAAAGCCUGCGAUCCGACGAGAUGUAAUUGAAAGGCUUGAGCGAAGACUGCGUCAAACAGAAGCAACAAACCGGGCAUUGACGGCAAGAUUAGCUGCUUUCAAUUCAACUUCAAACAAUGAGAAUACCCCCUCCACGACUAAGAGUCCUCCAACAGAAGAAAGCCGAAACGAGGUUUCCGAUGAAGUUUCGUUUCUGUCUCUGAAUGCAGGGGGUGAGCGGCAGUUUCUUGGGUCUACGAGCGGUGUUCUUUUUGCAGAUUUGAUCAAAUCUGCCAUUGAAGCUGAUGCCUCCUCUAACACACAGCUGAGUGCUCAGGGAUCCGGGCCCACGUUAGCAUCAGCCAGAGCUGCACAAGUUUUGACAUCAAUCAGAGAGGGACCACCAUCUCUGCCAGAGAGUGUAGCACGCGAUCUUCACCAUGCAUACUUUGAGCAUGAUCAUUUGUGCUUUCCAAUUCUCUGCCAGCAAUCCGCAAUGGCUAACCUGAAGAAAACCUACGUGGAGCCGUCUACUUUUGAUCGAAAACCGUAUGAGACAUUCUCCUUCUAUAUGAUUCUGGCUAUUUCAGCUUCAAAUGUUCAAAAGCUUCAUUGGCAAUCAUUGCCUGAGGCAGAAACUUACCACACACAAGCCAUGUCCAGAUUAAACGAUAUACUAGCUUUGGGAGGCCUUGAAGCGCUACAGGCGAUUCUACUGCUCUGUCAAUAUCAAUUGACAAAUUCCUCGCAAAGAACAUCUACAAGUCUAUGGCAUAUGGUUGGGAUGGCGGCACGAAUGUGUUUUGAAAUGGGCCUCCACCGGGAAGAGGCCUAUAAUUAUCGAGGAAAUGCCAAUACAUCACCUUUCACUUCUCCAAUUCAUCGGCGGUGGCUUUGGUGCGUAGUAGCAAUGGAUCGCGUAGUUAGUAUUACGCUAGGUCGACCAUUUGCAAUACACCUAGAAGAUGUGGACCUUGCGCUUCCUACUUACGACACCCCAGAAGAGCAUGAGACAAAUCCAAUGGAAGAGCAGUACCGAGAAACGGUCUUUGCUCAUAUAAUUCGGUACCGUAUUCUUUGUGAGUGGCAUACCAAGACGAGCACAUUAAAUCUUGAAAGUCGUGCGUCAAACGGGGCUAAGGUCUCCAGCUUUUUGACCGUUGAGUGGUAUGAGAUAAUAUAUCACAAUGCUAUGCUCAUGUUGUACCGGCCUUCUCCGGCGCUCCCAUUGAACUCAUCCAGAGCAAGCGUGGCAGUGCCAAUAAUCUAUGAUUCUGCAAAAAGGGCAAUCGGUUUCUACGCACACCUUCAUGGAUUACAACGCAUCAACUACACCUGGAUUACGUUGCACAGCGUUUUUAUGGCUGGUCUUUCCUUUGUCUAUGCUGCUGGGCAGCAUUUCCGCACCAAAAAAACCCAGCGUGAUGGCCAAGGAUUAUCAAUGCUAAGCUCUGAUCCGUCAAUUUUGGAGAUUGUCAACAUCUGUCGCUCUUGCUCCAAUGCCUUGGUGGCAGUGUCAGAACGUGGAAAUAUCGCUCGUCAUUGCCAUCGAGUUUUCGACCGGCUGAGUGACGCUGUAUUAACGGACACGGUUGAAUACCACACAUCAUCUCGAGUUGGUAGUUUGCCGCAGUCGGCUCCUCCUCCCCUCCCCCCUUCUUUGUGCAAUAGUGUCGCUCCAAAUAUUACUGCCUCAAAUUAUACAAUGAAUACGCUACCAUCCGGGAGUUGGCCUUUCCAGGAUCAAAUGCCAUCGUCUCUGCUUGCGGUUGACGACGUUUUUCGAGAUUGCUUUGACGAUUUGCAACAUUUCCAUGAGUCUGCGUUCGGGGAAGACCACAUUGGCCAACUCUCACAAGAUUGGCUAGGACAGAUUGGUGGUGUGCCAGCUAUCUGA